UUCUCUUGUGCAUGGCACCCUGGUUAUGCUUCCUGACUGGUAUUGCACAGAGCAUGCAGGCAACGAACAGCUAAAAGACUGAUUCAAGGCUGCUCUGUGUGCUAAGGCUGAAGCCUGCUUAAACUUUAUAAUCACCUCAAGUAUAUAACACUGUUUUAACUUACUUAGGAAACCAUGGCCACUUGUUUUUCUUCAGUGAACAACAUGAUGGCCUUAGUGUGGCAAGCUGGCUGUGUCUCCAGUUUGAUUCCCUGUACAGUCACAAGUCACAGCAAAGUACGUUUACAUCUCUUUUACUGAAAGACCUGCAAAGACAUCCAUGUUCUUACAGAAAACAGGCAACUGCCAGUUUGUUUCCCUGGAAGAAAUUUGAGAAGACCAUGAAAAGAAUUGCAAGUAACAUGAAGUGCUGGUUUGAUACUAGCCAGAGAUUCCGUAUUAACAGCAAAAGUCUCUUGAUCCCUCCUUGUGGAGCACAUAGAACAGUCGGUCACUGGAUUGCAGAAUCUUCUAGACUUCUUAUGUUGGAGAAAUGUGAAGAGUUGGAGUGAGGAAAGCAAUCAGGAAUCAACAUUUCUGUACACCGGUCUUACAGAACAAAAUAGACACAGAAUUCAUAUUAAAUGCUAGAGGUGAAGCCACAAUGCAAGGCAUGUCUUUCAAAACUGCGUGGUCCGUAUCAAAUGGUAUCUUGUAAUAUUUGGAAAACUGAAACAAAAAAUAUUUCAGAAAAGUACAGUCAGUAAUACUCAUGUCAAUGGCAGAUAAAUGCCUAAAAACAUCUCUGUGCAGUAUAUUGAAACAUAUUUAAAGUUUUAAAUAGCAACAUUCAGGCAGAGAUGAAAACAAAAAUAAAGCACAUCAGACUAUAAAAAAAAAGAAACAAAAGGGUAACACACAAACAUCAGGAGUUAGUUUUCAAGACAGAGGCUUAAAGAAUUGCCCACACAGGCUCUUUAUUACAGUUUAAUUCACCUCUCACAACAGACAUGCAGUCUGGAUAAAAACAGACAUUACAAUAUAUAUUAUAAUCAUAGCCAGUAGUUUCACUGAAUAAAAAAAUGCCUUGAUCUUGCUAUUAGACCAACAAGAAUUAACCUGUGCUGAGCUCCAUUACCUUCUAAGGAGCUCUUUUAGGAAUAAAAUUGUGUACAUGUUGGCUCAUUUUCAAAAUGGGGGCCUUGUUUUGCAAAACAAAAACUAGCUAUACUGCUUAAAGAAUUGAAAUAUCUUUAGAGCCCCCAUCGAAGUCACAGAUCUACACUUUAUAUGGAAUUGGAGAAAUUACUAACCUUGAAGAAAAAAAAUUCCUGUCUAAAACAUGGUUAUAUAUUCCAUGCACAAUCUUUAUUGCAGACUUUUUUUCUGCUUAAUUCCCUCAGCCUCUCUGCACAGUCCAUUGAGUGUAUAUGAGCUCGUAUAUUGUAAUAUUUUAGAUCCUUUCUGCAUGCUAUCUUGCAUACAGGUGUGGGAAUCAGAGAUCAGAUGCAUCCUUUUAAGAAACAAAACACUUGGGAGUUUCAGGUUUCAGACCAGGUGCUUGAAAAUUUGCCGUCCUAUAUGCCAACAGUACUUUCUUUCUUGCACAGGCUUCUUCCAACUUCAGUAUAAGCAGAAAAAUCCAUACAGACUGUUCAAUAUUCUUGAACUUAUGGAAGAUUAAGAGCAGGCCUUUGAUUAGCUAUCUAGUCUGAAGACAACUGUAGGUUGUAGCUUUCUCCAGUCAUACUCAUCUAUUGCUAGCACAGUGGGGAAGGGGAACAAAUUUCCGCCUCCGGCUGGCUGAUAAAAUUAGAUACUUCAGUUUGUUAAUCAAGAAGGAAACUAUAUUUGCAACCACUAGAUAAUUCAAAAAGUAUUAAGAAAUUAAAUCAAGAUGCUUCUUCUGUAUUGAGUGUAGUACUGAGCUUGAACAAAGUGGCAGACCCACCUGCUCUCAAGUGACUGGACUGCAUACUUUCUGAGCUGAAGUGAAACAAUACGCUGUGCUUAUCGUUAUUCACCACAUACUAAGGUUGUCUGCAUGGUCUGGUCGUAGAAGGAUAAAAGACACAUGCAAGCAAGAGAUCACGCAAGCAAGCUCUCUGAAUGACUAAAAGCAGCAUGUGUCUCUCAAAAACUGCUUCCAAAUAAUGUAGAGAACAAAAUAAUAACUGUUUUAAUCAUAAGCAGCUUGUAAAAUGGCUGCUUCCUUCUAGCAGUUGCACAAACAACAUAAUGAGAAUUGUUUGGAAAACACAUCCCUUGGCUCAUUUCCCUGGCAAAACUGGCAGUAUCCUCACCACUCAAGAGACUGUCUCUUAAAAUGCUGGUCCAAACUUUAGUGCAUCCACGGAGGAGAAAGCGUGCUCACUUAGCCAAUUACAUUGAGGAGAUGGUCCUUCUGGUGGCAAUAUCAGAAGUGCUGUUGGUUCUGGGUUUGGUGGUGGAAUCAGACUCUCUCUGCACACCCACUAUGUUUUACAAGGACUGCUGGAUCCGACGCUUCCCAGGUCUUCUGAUUGACCUGCAGGAAUCGCAGAAGAGGGGAGCCCAGGUGCUGAAGAUUUAUGCAGAAGUCUCGUCCCAACAGUGCAGCAGAAACUGCUGUCUUCAGAGGAAUGUUUCCUGCAACCUAGCAGUGUUCUAUCACGGAGCUACUCAUGAGAAUAUGAAUUGCUUGCACAUGUCUUGUCCAUCACUGGAAAGUUGUAUAAUAAAGGCUAGAAUCAACGUUGUUUUGUACAACAUCAAAACAGGGAUUGAUCCAGAUCUUCUUAUUUUUGAAAAAGCAAUAUCCAAAGAGCCAAAUAUGCACUCCUCACCUAAUAAAUAUGAAAGACAAAACAGCACAAAGACCACCGAGUGGGAAAGAUGCCAGCAUGGUAAUGUCACGUCAAGUUCUCUUCUGCUCCUAGCUCCAUCGUCUACCACUGGCCACGGCUUAACAGCAAACACUUACACCUCCAGCACAAACCUGAUGGUUGAAAAAAAAAAAGUUAUCACAUAUUCCAGGGAAGAAACUUCUCCUCUGGAUGACCAUUUGGCUAAGAGGACCUGUACAACUUCAGUAAGCACUAGGUCAACCACCAGCUCAGACAAAAGAACUGUACACUCAACUUUGAUAUCUAAAUCUGCAGAGGUGUUAUCCCACAUGCCCACUCCUCCUCAUCUGAACAGCAGUAAGCAACACUUAAAUGAAACCAAAGGCUACAGUGGUAGGAAUUAUACUUCAGACAACGAGGUACCUGCUUGGGAUGCUGCACCUCUGGGUGUCUGGUUGAUUCCAGUUGUCCCUUGCUCUUCUCUCAUCUUCCUUUGCUGUUGUACUGUAGCUCUUGCAGCAGGGCGUUGCAGAAAUAGGAAAGGUCAGUACAAUCCCAUAUGGAGAGGAAGACCAAUGUCUAGACGAGUCAUAAAAUACACUAGUGUCAAAGGUAGUUUGUAAUAUGCAGUCACCAUUCUUGUUUUGGAACAAAUAGCCUUUUAAAAAAUGAAUUGCAUGUGUUGGCCUAAUUCUUUUACAGAACAAAGAGUAAGUUUCAGAAUCAUUCAGUUGUAUUUUCAUACUCGCCAGAUGAAACAAUUUCUCUUUUGGGUAAGAAGUACACACUCUACACGUUCAAAGCUGCUUGAGCAUAUUUUGGUUUAUAAUCUGACCCAGACUAAUACCUGACACAAACUAUAAACUUUCCCUAACUUAAGAGGGCAGAUUCACUGCAGCUUUACAUAUCCUCUCCCUUGACUUUGAUCAAACUUAGAAAAUUAAGUAAAAAUGCAAUCAGUAAAACUGACUGAAGUUUUACACUAUCGUAAAAUCAUUUAAUUCUAAUAAUCCUUUAAUUGCCUAAGAUCUAGUUGUUUCUAUAAAAACUAUGUAUUCAUUUUCUCCUGUUAUAUUCUAGAUUGUUUUUCACUAUUUAUCCCUAAUACUGGAACAAAACAAUUUCACCAGAACUAUUUACUUCAAAGAAAAACACCUAUAAAAAAACCUAGUCCCUCAAACUACUGAAUUCCAUUAACUCACCAAAACAUCCGAUUAUUCAAUUAUUUAUGCUUUACUUUAACCCCAAUCUUCUGAUAACCAUCAUUUCAAUGUUUUUCAAGUCCUCCUAGAAGUAAGUACCUUUAGACUUUUCCUGUUUUUUAAACUUACUUGCUGUGCAGUACAUUGCAGAUCCAUUCUACUAUUAGUUAACGCAGACACAAAUACAGCUAAGAAUGGUUCCGUGCAUUACAGUCAAUUUGUGUUGCCCACACUGACUUACUUUUUUGUGCCUAAUCACAUUUACCAUUUACUACAUUUGUUUAUUUUAAUAGGGACAUUUAAUGUACAUUGCACAGAAAUAUACAAAAGGUUUUGAAAGGUCUAGAAGUUAUCAUUAUAAUUAAAAAUGUUUUGUUUUUUUUUUUUUUUAAAGCCAUAUUUAUUUCUUUAUCCUGUAUACAUGCUUCAUAAAAGCGCUCCUUCUGAAUAUAAAUCAAGUAAUUAGAUCAACAGGGUAGGAAGGUAUUUCCUCAGCUUACCUUGCUCAGGAAGUUUGCCUAGCAUAGCAAACAUUUUCAACAGUAACCAGGAUUGCUCUUCCUCUUUUAAAUUUGUUGAUGUCUCCGUUUCUCACUUUCUUCACUUGCUGUAAAAAGUUCCUAUUUCCCAGAUGAGUUGAAAUGUUAUAAAAGGAAACAAUCCAAAAUAAAACCGAUUGCCAUAUGUCUACGUAGAAAAUUAUUUUAAAACUAAUAAGACUUAUAUAAAGUUUAAUGACUAUAGUAGGUAGAGGGUAGAAAGCUACAUGACUACCUAAUUACAGUUGAGCAGGUCGGUUUCAGAGGAAAAGGCCUAAAAUUAUAUUUUAGUGCACACUGAUUAGCACUGUAGUUUAAAAACUGAAGAUUAAAAAAAAAACUUGUUUAUUUCUUGAUUAAUCUUGUAUGCUAAUUUCUAUGUAAUAGGAGAGAGACUGACAGCCAGAAAAGCACCUUAAAGACUGUUUGUUUUGUUUUGUAUAAUCUGAUAAAAUACAAAAGCUUUUUUUUUUUUCAUUUUAUCUAGAAAAAUUAGAAUUAGAUAUCAUUUGUUUUUAAGGGCAGUUCUAUGGUUAUCUUAUACAGGCUCUGGAGAUGUACCCACUGCAAGAUGUACUUCAACUUUGAGUAAAUUUACUUUUGUCUUCAAAUUGCAGUUUUCUGAUUCAUCAUGUGGCUGAAUCUAGCACAUAGUUAAGCUAUCGCUAAAGUUAUUUGUAAUGAAACAUUCAAAUAAGAAUGGUAAGACCUCAAGAGCUCUUCAGCGGAAGCUUCAGAGGAAGCUGACAUAUUCUUUUCCAGGCUUUUAACACCAAAAAGAAAAAAACUAGGGGAAGAGCUAAGAUACUCUAUAAUGUAUCAACGAAUGUGGUGAUACUGUGAAUGACGUAUGUAUUUCUCACAUGUUCUUCGUCUUAAAAUAAUUUUAAUGACUCUGACCCUGCAAUGGAAAACUUUCAGGUUUGAUUCAUUUCAUUAAGAAGCAAAGGGACAUGCAUGUCAGGGGAGGAACUCAGUUCCUCAGCCUGUUGAUUACUGGGAUGUGUGUUCUAUCUUUUCACCACAACUUACACUGGAAAUGGUGAUGUACACCAAGACUACCAGUAUGAUCUUUUUUAGACUAGAAGCUGCAGACCAUGUGCUUCAGGAUUCUCACUGUAUAGUGCUCUACCAGCCACCCUCUGCUCAAGUCAAUUUCUGAAGGAAAAGUUCAUGGCUCAGUGAAGCACCUUUGUGUUAAAGAAACAAGCAGGCAUAACCGAUUAACAUUUACAGAGCCUUAAUGAGAUGAAAAGUUCUCUAAAUUUGUAUUUUGAUUUCUACCACGUUUAACAUUCAGGUGUUUUGUACAUCAUGGCAAUUUGAACAAAUACAUUAAAUAAACUGAUUAACUACAUGCUUCAACUCUCAUCUUACUCAGUACUAAUGAAAAGCACAGUUUACCAUAGGAUUCUCCCACAAAACACCUCACCCAGCACUGUCAAACCAGUUUGCACUGAAAACGCUUUUAAAAUAGGUUUCUCCUCAUAAUUUUUGAAGUUAUGUAACCAAGGAAAAAACAUUUUAAAACCAACUUGCAUCUAAGAUUGCAUCUCAGAUGUACAGAUACAUCAAGGGCAGAGUUACAGCUAGUUACCUUUCUGCUCGUCUAUUCACUACCAGAUGAAUUAAUAUGCAACAUAACACAGUAAUACAUAUUUUUUCUAGGAAACUUUUUGCUUAAAAAGGUCAAAAAAAUCACAAUAGUGAAGUGUAUGUUUGCUGCCAAAGGACGGCUCAGCAAUAAACACACUUCAAAGCACAUCAUGUUUUUAUAGGAUUACGAGAUAAAAUCUCUAAACCUAUACUUGAAAAAAAUACUUUGUAAGUGAACUAGAUCUGCACUGUGUGAUGCCUUUCUUCAGGCUGAAUGGAGCUAUUAAAAUUCUGCUUCUGUUCACACUAGAGGUUCUAUAGUUCUCAGCCAAAGAGAAGACGUUACUUCAGAAACUAGGACAUUUCUAACUGCCCAAACUUUAUUUCCAAGACCUUGCAGCACUGAAUUCCAGACAUAAUUUAUCCUGAAAACUCAGUGAACAUGCUAAAAUUAUUGUUACUAUGUAAUUUCAUGUCAUUUUUUAGAAUAGAGUUCACAUGCAAGCAGCUGAGUCCAACUGAAACAGAGAAAUUACAUUGUUUACCUAAAAAUUCCUCCACAGCUUCAGUGGGAUAAAGCCUUUUCUUAGUUUAGAGUUUUGCUAAGUAUAGUAGUUAUAACUAAUAUUCUUAGCAAAAGAAUUAUUAUCUUCAAUUAAAGAGGGAUACACGCUUUGUUGUUUUGUUUCAUACUUUUUAUUUGAAUGCCAAUUUUUUCCCUUUUCCAGGUUUCAAAGAAAGCAUACAACACCUCUUUCCAUCUGCUCCACAUAAGAAAUAAGAUCUGCAGAACUGUUUAACAGUUUGAGAUUGUAUUACAAUACAAUGUCCUUUAUUCAUUAAUUUAUCAUACUGAAAAGAAUGUAUUUCUGAUGCAACACAUUAUUUAAUCAUACAUGUAAGACAGAAGACUCUGAAAUCCAUACUACACGUUUAAAAUAUAUUGCUUACAUGAGCAAGAUUGUUGCAUGUCUAACACAACAUAGUUCUUGCACUAUCAAUAUGGGUUACACUCAAGACAGGAAAUACCGGAAGUAAAUGUGAACAUGAGACAUCCCCUCUCCCUUCUUUCUGUGCAAUUAAGAUAUUACUGUUCUCAGAUAAAUAGGCAGGAAAAAGGUUAUAUAAAGCACAUUAGCAGUAGGACCACUUUACUAUAGACUGGGAAAAUAACAUGAAAGUGAAUACAUAAAUAUAAGGUAUGAGAGAAUGGGUAGAAGUAUGUUUUAUUCAGAUAGCACACACCUUUUAGGCUACUGUCCUUUUAUCCCUUAGCUCUGUUUGUAGCAAUGCUAUGCACAAAAAAAUAGCAAGUGUCAACUCCAGGCAGGAGUAUAAGUUACUUCUCUGAAGACCAUAAGAUCAUCUGUGGAAGUCACAGACUUUUCAUAUACAGCCAGUCACAUUCAGAUCUUAGCACUUCGUGAAAUUCCAAGUAGUACUAACAUCUACCCUCCUGGCUAAAUUAUAAUCAUAUCUCUGUAUAGAACUUUUUGUCUAAUCUAAACAACAGAUUAUGCUUAGUGUUCUAAAACCCUCUUUUAAAGGGCAAAAGUAUGCUAGAAUGUAGACAAACAACCUCAAGAAACUAUUUAAUGACACUGAACGUUUUACUUCACAACUCUUAACACAGUUUACUAAAAGACAUCUUAUGUCAGUGAUUACAGUAGUUUCUAGAUGCAAAAAAUUAGCCAGAAUACUGACAAAGCAACUUCUUUUCCAGUUUGACCAAGCACUAAAUCUCAGCCUUUCUUUGGAAUGUUUAUAUGGAAGAUAAAAGAAAGGUUAGUCUCCUCAACAUCACAACUCUUCCAGAUGGCCAAGAGCUUAAUUUGUGUGAUUUUUUUUUUUUCCAUUGGAGACAGCUUAUGUUUUCCUUGCCAUAAGGAACUUGCUUUUCCAGUUUGCGGGGGCAAGCGUUUGGAUUUGAAAUGAGACAUCUGCUACUUGGAGGUUAGAACAAUGACCGCAGAGAAGCACAUAUAGUAGCCUUCCAGUUCAAAUUUCAAUCUAUGAUGGACAGGGUUGCCUGAGGUCAGAGCUGUCAUGAACUAACUCCAUGUUCCUCUUGGCCAGUAAACAGCAGUAAAAUAAUUGCCUAUGGAGAGAGCCAAUGCCUCUAAGAUACUGUGUGUGGUUUUCUGUUUCUCAUUGCUUCCCAGUUUAUGUUCUGGGGGGCCUAGCCUGCUUCCUGAUUUACAUGUUAGCUAUCAACAUUUCUACCUAAAAGUAAUAUGAACCCCAACUACUUCCCUGCAACAGAAGAAUGCAUACAUAUGCAUACAUACAUGUAUAGAGGGAUACACACCUCAGAGUCAUGCAUUUACAUUAUAAAAUAAGAUACAUUAAUAAAAGACCACUAAUAAUGAUGUAUUUACUACUAUAAUCUAUUACUCUUAACUCUUCACAGCACUUACACUACAAUGGAAGUUUCCAAUGAGGUGGUCUGCAAGUGUUAUACAGGAAAAUUAAAGAUGUGUAAUUUAUCUCAUAAAAACAUGCACUGUAUCAUCAUCAUUAAGGUUGGGAGGACUUGCACUGGAUUUAAGAUCCCAGUGCUUUAGGUGUUCUACAAAAUCACAGCAGAUUACUGACACCCUUAAACACCUAAACAAUUUUGAGGGAGAAGCAAAAAAUCAGAAAUAUCUAAGAUGACAAAGCUCAAAAUAUCAUCCAGCCUACCUGUGAUUCAGUCCACUGCAUUACAAAUUCUGCACUGUAACAUAAACCAUUAGUUAACACCACAAAUUUAACUGAAUUUGAUAUUCCUUUGAUUCUAGCAGCUUGAUUGGGCACUCACAGGGUUAUAAAGGUUUUAGUCUUGCUUGCAUGUUUCUUAGCAAGGAGAGGAAGCAAUAAAGACAUUGAAAAGUAAGUUUGGAGGUCAACCUUAUAGAUUUUUGAGGCCAGCUGGCCAAGCAUUCUAUAGCCAUAGUCAUUAAGCCAGAUAUGACUGGAAAACUGGUAUCUAUGACUGAUUUAAUGGCAAGUGUUGGAUAGGGUUAUGGAACAAAGUGAACUAGUCUCAAUAUUGUUCUUACUUAGUAAACACUUAGAAUGAGGAAAAAAAAAUCUAUUGCUGGUAGACACUUCAGUGUCCUGGCACUUUGGAGACAGACACCUAUCCUGUAUGUAUUUCAUGAAACACUUAUAGAACAUAAAUAAGUUCUGCUUUAACACUUUGGAGGGUACUUUCUAGAGUUCCUGGUUAUUUUAGAUUUUUCAUUAAUUAGCUGCCAUGUUAAUAAAAUACUAAUGCAAUCAAAUGAAAAAUCAACUUGCCUUGCUGUUCUGUUCUUCCUACCAUUAAGUCAAACUUAUUUUAACUACAACUUUCACAGGCAUCUUCCUAAGUCAAUUUAAAAUCUAUGAAGAACACAGGAAAAAAUGAAUUGCCCUCUGAAGCAAGAAAGACUAUCAGGUACCCAUACGUUCUGAGUACAUAAGGACAGUUUUUAUGGAGAAAAGCAAGCUUGUGGGUAAUAGACUUCUUAAAAUCUCUAAAGGGCACUCACAAGCAUCUGGUACAAAACAUGUCACUGCAAACAGAAGUUCAUUGCAUAUGCUUGCUAGUACACCAGUCUUUAUGCAAGCACUGACAAAACUAAUUAAGGAAAUCAUUUUCUCUUGUGUAUAUACUAGACCAAAAUCUCCUCUAGACUAAAGCCAGGUACUUCUCCACCAUCCAUACCAUUCUUUGAGUCAAACUGCAGUUACUUCCUCAAUGAUUUUGGUUACAUGGCUGUUCAAAGAAAAAUUAGAAAUUACACAGAUUUACCAUUUCAAAUGAGAAUUUUAAACACUUUCCCCAUUAUUCUUGAAUUAAGGAACAACUUGAUAAAAGUACGAACUUCUUCCAGCUUCUGAUAAAAAUGCACAUUAAUACAAAUUUAAAAGGAAGGACCACUAAAUAAUCAAGUUGGCGAAUGCAGAAUUAUGAAUGCAUCACAAGACACAAGCUUUUUCAAAUGCAGCUCCAGGUCAGGUAAAUUUUCAUAGGAAGGAAAAAAGUGCAUUAAACUCAGUCUCCUUCUAAAAGAAGGCUUACCAAACUUUCAUUAUUUUAGAAAUGGGAAUAAAUACACUCUUUGGCUGUAUGUAGGCAAAAAACAAUGAGAAGCCUUAGCAGCAAAUAAGUCAAGACACACAGAACACUGCAAAAAUCAGUUCACCUCUUCCAUCUGUAAUGUUCUUAUUCUUAGGCUGUUUCCUCUCAACCAGUUGCUGGCAAUACCACAUGCUAGGGUCUUUUAAAGGCAUGCAGAAUCCAUUAGUCUGAUGAACAAAAACUCCUUCUACCCCUUCCAGAAAAUGAAGGCUUUCUUUCUACGCUGAAAUCUUAGUAAGCUGAGGAGAUACAAUAAAAGCAACAACAGAGUUAUUUAUGUCCUUUCACGCUGGUACUUUUAAGGAAUUUUUAUUUAAUUGUGAGAAGGCAAUAGAAGUUUCUUGUGAUUCUAAUCUUUCAAAUCAAUUCCUUUCAAAUAUAAAUUACCAAAUAUAAACAUCCAUUUUAUUUCCUCCUCUGUGCUUCACAGCAGAGUGGGAUGCUACGUUUUUUCCUUGCCAAACCUGGGUACGUUCAAGAAGAUACUCAGCAGGCCUCAAUGUACAAAGACUCGGUCCAUUCCUAUUUAGGCAAUGUACUCACCUCAGUACUCACCAACUCAAGCGUAGUACUCACCAUUCAGUAUACUUCAACAGCUCUCCAACAGUUAAAACUCAUGGAACACUACCUUUACUUAACAGAUGGGGCGCAAAGGUAGAAAAAAAUACUGAGUGACAUUUGGAAAACAUUUAGAAAC